GUUCAAGUAGUAGCAUUGGAAAAAAUAUGUGCAAAGAGAUGCUCUGCAUUCGAAUAGACUCGGUGAAACCCAACACCGCGAUAAGAUAUAUUUCGUGAAUGUCAUUUGUCCAAAGUCGUUGUGAUAUGCAUAAUAUACAUUACUGUGAGCACCAGGAUUUGAGCGACUUUCUCACAUAAUCUGCAGUACUUAUCAGGCUCUCAACACAGAAGCGAAUAUGCUCACAGUCCGCAAGUGAGGUGCAGACAGAGCGCAGGUUAGUCAAAAUUAGCACCACCUGGUCUUGUGGAAAUUUUAAAUACAAGGUGCGGGUCUGUCGAAAUUAGUCACAUCUUUGAAGAUCACAUACUUCAGUUUUGAGAGAAUGCUCUUCCGUUUGACUUCGCCGUUUUCGAACGAUACGUUGUGGCUGCAAUGGAUCGGAGGUUCCGCAGCAAUGAUAAUGAUGUUCGUAAUUGGCUUGACAAUCGGUUGGGGCUCGCCUUACUUGGCUCAAUUUUCGGCUGGAGAUUCUCCAUUUCCUGCCUCAGUGGACGAGAUUUCUUGGAUCGCGUCGAUCUUCCAUCUCGGACGGUUGCCAGGGGCGGCCAUUGGUUUCAUUGGCAACCAAUACUUCGGCAGCAAAACUACAAUGAUCGGAAACGGCUGUGGUCUAAUGCUUUCCUGGAUUCUAGUUAUCGCGGCAAAUUCCGUAGCUUGGAUUUAUGUGGCCAGAUUCAUUUGCGGGGUGGCCAUCGAAGUAGCUAGCAUGAGUUUUCCCUUAUACCUUGGAGAUAUCUCAAACUCAAAUAUCCGGGGUGCAUUAAUAGCUAUGACACUGAAUGGCUUAUCCUUGGGAAUUCUGACGGGUAACAUAAUGGGUGCUUAUAUCUCGAUGAGAAUCUUCGCGUCUAUAAGUCUCGUUCCAACAAUCUCAUUUGUUCUCAUUUUCAUAUUGAUACCUCAGUCUCCGUAUUAUCUGACAAGUAAGAGAAAAUUGCUGGAUGCGGAAAAGUCGAUACUAAAAUACAACCCAAAAGCAAAUAUCUCCGUGGAAGUGGAAACCAUCAAGCAAUUUGUGGCCACAACAAAUACCAUGACCUUCAUCGACCGAUUACGUGAGUUUAACAUCCCUCGAAACCGGAAGGCUGGAAUAAUAGUUGUCGUAUUGGCCUUCUUCUCACAAUUCUGUGGGAUAAACGCCAUAGCCGCGUACAUGGAAACCAUCAUAACGAGGGGCAUGGUCACCGUCGUUACACCUUCCACUGUACCCAUUUUAGCAAAUGGACUGGGAAUCGUGGCUGGAUUGUUUAUGAUGUAUUUGGCUGAUCAAGUCGGGAGAAGAAAAAUGUGGGUCUUUUCAAGCUGCGGAGUUUGUCUAGCUAUGACAGCGUUAGCCACACACUUUUACCUCUUGAAUGAUGGAUUAGAUCCCAACCUUUUGCAAUGGAUACCGAUAAUCUCUAUGGUUGCAUUUACGAUAUGUUUCAACAUGGGACUCAACUGUAUUCCAGCCAUUCUUCUCAGCGAGCUUUUCGGAGCAAACAUCCGAACUCUAGCUGCCUCCAUCGCCUGUGCAUUUGCGGCUGUAUUUGCAUUCACCUCGGUUAAUAGUUACCAGUACCUGCUAGAAGUUAUUGAUGAAAGUUACAUCUACUGGAUCUAUGCAAUAUUGAUGGUUAUAUCGGCAAUUUUUGGACUCUUAUUAGUCCCAGAAAUGAAAGGAAAAACGCUUUCGGAGAUUCAAGAUGUCAUGACAAAGAAGUAGAGCGUAAUGAAUUGCAAUG